AUCGAGUGUUUGUCCAUGAUGACUUUGAAGAAGAUAUUGUCAGUGCUGUGCCUAUUGACAAUAGUCAAGGCAGAGUUGCUCCGGACGACAGAGCAACAGAAGCAAGAACUAGCGGAGUAUAUUAAAAAGAAGAAGGCGGAAAUCAAUCCAAGGUUCAGAUUACAUUACCAUGUGAUGCCACCUGUGGGCUGGAUGAACGAUCCAAAUGGAUUCUCAUAUUAUAAAGGUGAAUUCCACAUCUUCUACCAAUUCUAUCCGUACGACAGCAAAUGGGGGCCUAUGCAUUGGGGACACUCCUCAGGCCCAGAUUUAGUGACCUGGAAUGAACAACCGACAGCUUUGCUUCCAGAUGAAGAACAAAUUUUCUCUGGUAGUGCUGUGACAGUCGAUAACACGUUAGUCUUAAUGUACACAGGCCAUAAAAUAACUACAGAUUCAGCUUAUAAUGAAAGCCAAUAUUUAGCAUAUAGUAAAGAUGGAGUGAACUUCACUAAAUACGAACGGAAUCCAGUUAUAACUUUAAACACUUCACCAGAUUUUCGAGAUCCAAAAAUGUGGAAAUAUGGUGAUUACUGGUACGUAGUCCUUGGAACCAAAACCAGCGAUCAGCAGCAUGGGAGAGUUGUUCUAUACAGAUCAAGCGACUUAACAUCUUGGGAGUACUUAUCUGUGAUCGGGGAAUCGAAUGGCACAAUGGGAUACAUGUGGGAGUGUCCCGACUUCUUCGAAUUAAAUGGUAAAUUUGUUCUGCUCAUGUCUCCACAAGGAAUGAAGGCACAAGGAGACAGAUAUAAGAAUACAUUUCAGACGGGUUACAUUCUGGGCAAUUUCAGUUAUGAAACUAAUGAGUUCAUCCCGGAAACAGAAUUUGUUGAAAUCGACUAUGGUCAUGAUUUUUAUGCAACACAGACAAUAGAUCAUGAUGGAAAACGAUACUUAAUUGCCUGGUUUGGUAUGUGGGAAGUUCCACAUCCUGAAGACGUAGAUGGAUGGACUGGAGCAAUGACCAUAGUGAGAGAGCUGAAGCUUGUCGGUGACCGCGUUUUGAUGCAACCUUUAUCAGCUAUGGAGGGUCUAAGAGACAGUACUGUGCUCAUUGGUUAUUUCAACAAAUCUCAAGUCCUUGAAUUUGAUAGUACAGCUGAAAUAAUACUUGAAGGUGAUAUGAAUUUAAAAAUUGAGCUGCUGUUAGAAGGUCGUAAUAAUAAUAGUCAUUACAAUCAAACUCGGGUGUCUUAUAAUCCUGCUGACGGCAAAGUAGCCGUAAAGAGAGGAAAUGACGAUGUAAGGCAAGCGGAAUGGAUUCCUAUUGGUUCAAAGAAAAUAAGACUAUUCUUAGAUGCUAGUGCUCUGGAACUUUUCUGUGGGGAAGGAGAAGUGGUAUUCAGUAGCAGGUUAUAUGUGGAUGGGCCUUGGAAGGUAACGAACGUAAUAGCUGUGUGUUUAUUUACAAUAGUUAAUGCGAACUUAGUUCGUCAGUCGGAAGAAGCGAAAUUAGAAUUGGCUGAAUAUAUACUGAAUAAGAAAGCUGAAAUUAAUCCGAGAUACAGACUGGAAUACCAUGUUAUGCCACCCGUGGGUUGGAUGAAUGACCCGAACGGAUUCUCUUAUUACAAGGGAGAGUUUCACAUAUUCUUCCAAUACUAUCCUUAUGACAGCGUCUGGGGACCGAUGUACUGGGGACAUUAUUCGGGCCCUGAUUUAGUUAACUGGAAUGAACUACCAACAGCCUUGAUCCCUGAAGAAGAAAUGUGCUUCUCUGGUAGCGCCAUCGUUCAUGAAGAAUCGUUAGUGCUGAUGUAUACUGGACGAAUCAAUAUUGAUCCUAAAGAAGAUACGUAUAAUGAAAGUCAAUAUCUUGCUUUAAGUGAUGACGGCGUCAACUUUUAUAAAUAUGUCGGCAAUCCUGUGUUAGCUUUACCCAGUGGUGGUUCACCAGAUUUUAGAGAUCCAAAAGUAUGGAAACAUGGAGACCAUUACUAUGUUAUCAUUGGCACCAAAACUGAUAAUUUACAGUUUGGCAAAGUAGUUCUUUACCGAUCCAGUGACUUGUUAGAUUGGGAGUUUUUAUCGGUGAUUGGAGAGUCUAAUGGCGACAUGGGAUACAUGUGGGAAUGUCCAGACUUCUUCGAGUUAGAUGGUAAAUUUGUGCUCUUGAUGUCACCUCAAGGAUUAGAACCUCAAGGAGAUAGAUACCGAAAUAUUUAUCAAGUUGGAUACUACAUUGGAAGUUUUGACUACGAAACAUUUCAGUUUGUUCCCGAAGUAGCCUUCCAAGAACUUGAUUUUGGUCAUGACUUCUACGCUUCACAAACAUUGGGACAAGAUGGGAAGAGAUACGUACUUGCGUGGUUUUCAGCGUGGGAAAAGGAACAUCCUGAAGCAGUAGAUGGUUGGGACGGAGCAUUGACUUUAGUUAGAGAAUUAAAAAUAGUUGACAACAGAAUACUGCAAAUACCUGUAGAAUCCAUGCUUAACCUUAGAGGCGAGUCUAUAUUAAAUGGUGAUUUUAACGAAGGAGAUAUCUUAUUGUCUGAUAAUACUGCUGAAAUUAUUAUUGAAGGUGAUUUGGAACAGAAUAUAGAGUUGUUGCUAGAAGGUCGUAGUGGAGGUGAUCCAGUCUGGAUAAGAUGGGACCCAGAAGUUGGCAAAGUGGCCGUAGACAGAGGAUCAGAUGACAUAAGACAGGUAGAAUGGUCUCCCAUUGGUUCUAAAUCGUGGCGCCUGUUUUUGGACACAAGUUCCUUGGAAUUAUUCUGUGGGGAAGGAGAGGUGGUGUUCAGUUCCAGAGUAUAUGUUGACGAGCCUUGGAAGGUGACGAACCUGAGUCCUCAGCCUCUCAAAGUUGAAUCUUGGCGAUUGAAAAGAAGCGUACCCGAACCCUAACUUACACACGUUUAAAAGACUUUGUUAUUUUGAAUGAUUGUCAUUCAUUUUAGUUAAUGCUCAGUGUUCAUUUUUUUGCAAAUAUAAUUUUAGUUUUAUUUUAAAUCUGGGCUUCUGUAUCAUGUCGGAAACAGUCGUAAAAUAUGUUCAUAUAUCUGUGUAUAAAUUAUCACUCAAUAAAUUUUAGAUUUUGCAAAAACAAAUAAUUUUGGUAAAGGCUUCUUUCUGAAGACUUACUAUUUUGAAAUCGACGUAAUUUUUUAAGCACAUGAAUGAUAAAGAGCCUCAAAAAUAGAAUUACUUUUAAUAAAAGGUCAGGCGACCAAAAUUUUAAUUUU